CGCGCGAGCAUCGAGAAUUGUUUAGCUAAACGGCCCUAAACCGUUUCCCAUUCAUUCUCUAUGGUAGUGCUAAACCACUAUGGAUGCAAUAUACUUUUGGCCACUACGACUUAGUGGCGCUGUCCCGAGUUUUCUUUUUUUAGAAAUCGCUCAGACUCUAAAGCUGGCUGUCAUUCCAAGCGGACUUCGGUGGAUACAAGACGCUAUCUACUCUCUUCGAAUUCUCAUCAGGCAGUAUUAAAUAAUCAAAGGCAAAGAUGGACAGGAAACUGUUGUUCUUCCCGGGGAAAGUCUGUGUUGUGUUCCGCAAGGGACCACUCGGAUUUCUCCUCCAGGAGCCGUCAAAGGAAGCCAGACGAAUUAAGGAGGACGCCACUCUGCAGGACAAGUCUGCGCCCAUACGGGCUGACCUUGUUCAUCAGAAUGCUCUGGCUGUGGUCCGUCAGAGAGGAGGGGACGCCUCCGACCGUACAGAGGUGCUGGGAGACUACAUCCUGCAGUUUGGGAAGUAUAAAGGGAAAUCUUUCAGGUGGCUUUUGCAGAACGACAUAGGGUACACAAUGUAUCUUAUUAGGAACUUGCAAAAGGAGGAAGCAUCAGGUGUCAGUGUGACUGCAGGACAUAGCAAGGACAGCCUGCAAUCCUUUGUCCAUUAUUCCCUCAGUUUAGCUGAGAUCCAGUCUCUCCAAACCUAUGAGGCAAGUGGAGGGGGUGAUAUGGCAGCCUCAUUGGAAGAUGACCAGCUAGUUGGCUUUGGCACUCGUGCUAAGAGCACCUGGAAGGAGAUUUGGGACAGCAGAGCUGAUGGCUAUGCAACCUUCGUUUUGGGGAAGAGCUGUUGCCCAGGAACACGCAUGUUCAAGCUGCAGCUGUACCUACAGAAGAGGCAGCAAUCCGCCUCAGCUUCCCCACCCGUCGAACGUCCCUCAAGAGUCCCCAAACCUCUGGUGAUGGACGAGGAUGAAGAGCUUGAGAGUGCAAUGAUAAGCAUGAAAUCCUCUGAACUACAAGUGCAGACCUACGCUGUGUCAGCAGCACCCAUACCAGCAGCUGCCAUACCAGGAGUGUCCCCAGGAGCAAAGAAAGUUCCAUCUGCAAUGCUGUCCAAACCUCGGCCGAACACUACUCCUGAACUGCAGGCAUCACAGGUUGAAGCCUCAUCAGGUGUGAAAAGGAAGACACCUGUGCCCCUUCCACCAGAGCUGGCAUUCCUAGUGAAGGAGACUGCUGGUGCCACAAAACCGUUGAGUUCUGAGUCAACUCCAGAACCCAGACCAAGUGCUGCUUGCACCGCUUCACAAAAUGAAGUCAGACUUGAGGACAGUGCUGAAGAUGUUCCCUCAGCUCACCCCCCUGUUCCUGUUCCUGUUCCUGUUCCUGUUCCUGUGUCUGUGCCUGUGCCUGUGCAUGACCAUGACCAUGACCAUGACAUGAGCAGCUGGAGCUGUUCUCAUCACCAGAAGCUCUGGAUGAGGACAGAGCUUCAGGAUCUCGGGCUGUGGCCUGGGUCUUGUCCAGUGCGUAAUCCGGGGAACACAAUUUCAUUGUGGCGUCUUCCUCCACAACCUGAGCUCAUAGAUUCCGUGGCUGAGCUCCCAUCCCCCAACUUCUUUCAGCUCCACCCAUUUUUUAUUUGGAAACCUGAGAGUGCAAUCAUGGUCAGAUUGAGGAACAAUUACAUCCUGCCCUGUCUCCAUGGCUGUCCUCAUCCACAGGUGGUCUCUGCAGGGGUGGGCAGGCCUCGGGUGAUUGUUGGCACCAGCGGCCAAUAUUACAUCCUCUCCUCACGACUCUGCUGCAAGGACUGUCGAAAGACCUGGUUUGCCGACAGUCCGCGAUGGCUUGAGAAACUCCCCAAGCGCUUCACCAACCUUUUGCCUGCAUUCCUGACUUACAAGAAGGCCAUCUGUAAGUCUGUUAUGGAUGAGCUGAGGCGCUCUGGCAAGUCACCAACAGAUAUGGCCAACCAGGUGAAUGAGCUCAUGCACCUCAAGUAUGAGCGAGCUCACCUGGCAUACCUUCAAGCCAUAGAGAGUGUCAGAGAUGCUGAGGCUGGAGUGUAUGGCCAGAGGAGCAUCGGGCAGUUUCUGAGAAAAGAAAACCAGCCACGCGCUUUUGGGUCAUAUGACAAGCAAGAUGGCUGGGGUGGAGUCUCUGUGUCCGGUUUCUACCUGACUGACUGCCUGCUGGAGGAGUUCAAACGUCAAGAGCCAGCUAUGUCCAGGCUCCUCCAGGGAACAUUUGGGCAUGUUUUCCGGUCCGACCACACCAGAAAAGUGGCAAGGAAGGUGACCUUAGCCUCUGGGGUCAUGUCCAGUUAUGCUGUGAUGAAUGAGCACUGGCUCAUCGCAUCCUGGGUGAUGGUUCAGUCUGAGACUGAGAGGUCCUUGGAGCCAAUGUACCAGGGGAUGGCCAAGAGGUACAGCAAUGCUGGAGUGGAAAAGGCAGGCUACCACUGGAUGGACAGGGAUUGCUGUGCUGCCUUUAAAAUCCCAGACAGCAUCCUUGGAGAACAUCUGAACUGGGAUGCCUGGAAGACUACCCCGUCCAUUGUUGCUGGAGCGACCUCUGGAAGACAGUUGAACACCUGUGCCUCAAGAUCGCAUUAUAAUGAGAACAUUGUUGUGAAACUGGACUUGUUUCACUGUCUGAGGCGCUUUUCACGGGAGUGCACCUCUGAGCAUCACCCUCUGUACAGCACUUUCUGUAAGCUCCUCUCUGCUGCCUUCUCUGUUGUGGAUCAGGAAGACCUGAAGAGGCUCCAGGAUGCUUAUAGGUUCUGUGGUAUUCAUCCAGCCAAUCCCACCAAACAGCACAUACGGGAGCACUGCAGGAUUAAAAUACCCCAUCCAACAGAGCUGCUGGACAGAGUGGAGAGAGUCCUGAGUCACUUUCACCUGGCGACGGACCCUAACAAUGUCCCACUCUUUAAGCCAUCCAUGCUGAAGAGAUGGCGAAUUCAGAGAGUGCACAUUCUCCGUGGGUGCCUCAGUGACCCUGAACUCUCCGAGGGCAUAAUGUACAGGUACCGAGGAACUCUGCAGUUGAACCACGUACCUGGUGAAGGUGCCAAAGUCCCGAUUUGGAUCCCUGUCAGAGGUACAUCACAGCAGGAGGGAUACCAUUUCCACCAGGCUCACUGGGUCACUGGCACUCAUGUCUCCCCUGAAUUGUUCCAGGCCCAGGGUAUGACAGGGGUAGCACGAUGGAACUACCAGCGGCUGGUGGACCUUAAACAGCCAGGUGUCAUCCUCCCUGCUGUCUUUGACCCAGCUUUAAUGUGCGAGUUAAACGCUGCUUCCAUGAGAGUGACAGGGCAGGAGAAGUAUGCUGCAUUUCUCCUCUCCGACAGGGACACUGGAGAGAGGUUUGGCCUUCAGUACAGAGAGCCAGGCUGCCGUCCAGUCCCACUGGACUGGGACAAACACAGGACUCUGAAGAGAGAUGAGCCUGCCGCUCUUAUGCCUCCGCCCCCCCGGCAGACACCUGCUGCUCCUGCUGAAGAUAAAGCUCCAGACGUGGCACCCUCCUCCAGUUUGACACUGCCCUCUGGCGUGCCAUCCCCUGGACCAGCACCAUCCAUCGGCCAUCCACUCUCUGCUGGUGCGCUGCUAAAGCAGGAGAUGCCACCAGAAGAAGUCCUGGAUCCUUCAGCAGCAACGGAAAUCUCACAUGCCCUGCCGCUGCCUUUGAGUUCCUCACCAAGGAGUGCCCGCACUGGACCCAUAAAAACUGGCGGAAGAGUUUUUGUGUUGGACCACACACGCUGGACAGCACCCAUGAAAGCUGCUAUUGACAGUUUGCUGCAGAAGCACCAUGGAGAGAAGGACCGCCUGAAGCUUGUGGAUCAAGAAUACGCUGACAUGUUCCAUCAGUCAGCCACAGAUCCAAACAGCUUGCUCCACCCCACAACCAGGCUGCACAUAUCUCACUAUGUGAAGCACCUGGCAAAACUCCUGAACACCAGUUCCUCCUUGAACACAAGUCAGGAAAAACUUCUGGACACUCAGCAGCUGUGGCACUCUUUAACAGAGGGGAGUGACACUACUUGUGUUCCUGUGGUCACCUUGGAGGCAGCUGUUGUCAAGCCCCCUACACCUGCCCUGUCCACACCUCUAACCCAAGACUCCCUUGAGAAAAUUGUGGAGGGCAUCUUGGAAAAGCAGCAGCAGCAGCAACAACAGCCCCAGCCAGAGCAGAAGAGAAAGCAGACAAAGACGUGUCUUGCCUGUGGACAGCCCAAGUCUCGAUAUGGGACGGAUGGAUCCUCCAUCCACUUUUUUUACCAACAGGGGCCUGUGCGCUAUUUCUACUGCUCUAAGAAGGUGCAUCAGAGUUAUGCUGCUGAGGGACUUUCUGAUGCCAAGAUGCCCUUUGAGCAGUUUGUCCACACAGAUUUCUUCCAGAGGGAGUUGGAGGAAACCAAAAAACGUGUGGAAGAGAAGGUGGAAAAAAAAAGGAAGCGACCAGACACCCAUCCAGCCGGCCGCCUCUGUAGGUUCUGUCACCUGGAACUGAAACAGGGGCCGAACAGCCCACACAUCCAUUCGGGCUUCCCAGGAGUGGCAGGAAAAUAUAUUUACUGCCCCUCUAAAGUGUACUCUUUGUACCGCAAUGAGGGAAUGGCCAGAGAGAUGAGCUGGAAAGAGUUUUGUGCGUCUCCUUUCUAUGAGGCCGAGCGACAAAGAUUGGUGGAGGAAAGAAAAAAGCAUUAA